UUUGCAACGUUCUAAGAACUACGUUAAUUCGCUGUAAACGUUUAAAUUAUUGUUCAAAUUUGUGUGUUCACCGCAUUGCAAUCAUUCUUAUAAUCUGCUGUCUCGUAAAAAACACGUUUAGUUUUAAUUCAACCAAAAAAUAUGUAGAAUCCAUUACAAAAUUUAAUUAUGUGGAGUCAUUUGUGUGUAUAAGUAAAGUCGGUCUGUAUGCGAGAAAACGCUUUGCUUUGCUGUAAUGGAGACCCCACAAAACUCCUCAAACAUCUCCUUUCAGGACAAUAAAGAAAUACAGGAUUUGUUAAAACAACUCAAGGAUGCCAAAACUGAACUACAGCUUACUAAAGACGAGACGGAGCAAGUAAAGAAAGAUGUUAACAAAUGCAGAGAGGAGAUGGACCGGAGGAUGAUGAUGAUGGUCCAGAUGGAUGAAGGUUUGUGGAAUGCAUUGCUUGAAUUGGACACUCUCAUGCAGAAGAAAAGCCUUGCCAGUCAGUUAGAAGAGUUAACUUUAUCUAGCACCGCAGAGUCAAAGCAAGCUCUUCUGAAAAGUUUGCUGGAGGAGGAAAGCAUCCUGCUGGAGCAGGAGCGUAAUCUGAAACUCAGACGUGAGCAGCUGAGGAAAGCACUGGCGGAUGCUUCUGCAAACACAGAGGAAGUUUCACAGGGUGAGAAUCCAGUUAAACCAGGCUCAUCCAUCCAGAGUAAGUCUACAGAAAAGCCAGUCAGAAAAAGAGGAAUGCGAAAGUGAACAUUACAUCAAAAAAUGCUACUUUUUUUUUUUUUUAGAUAUAUUUAG